UGUGUCUUCAUUCCAACUCAGGCAUUUCCUAUUUUCUCUUCAUUGUUUCUUAAACCCUCUUUUCUUAAGUGUCUUCGUUCUUCUUAAUUUUCAGCAUGGCACGUUCUAUGCUAUUGCUAGUAUGUGCAGCUUUUGUGCUCUUGGUUUGUUCUUCAAUGGCUUCUGCCGCAAUCGUGGAGCACACAUUUCAUGUGCAAAACUUGACUAUCGGAAGGUUAUGCAACCAGCAAGUAAUAACAGCAGUGAACGGAAGUCUCCCUGGCCCAACGAUACGCGUUCAUGAGGGUGACACUGUUAUUGUUCAUGUCUUCAACAAGUCACCCUAUAACCUUACCAUUCACUGGCAUGGAAUAUUUCAAAUACUGAGUGGCUGGGCAGAUGGACCUAGUAUGGUAACUCAAUGUCCAAUAACACCUGGAGGUAAAUACACCUACAAAUUUAAAAUCAUCAACCAGGAGGGAACACUAUGGUGGCAUGCUCACGUCUCAUGGCUCCGUGCUACUGUCUAUGGCGCCCUUAUCAUUCGCCCAAGAUCUGGUCAAGCCUAUCCAUUCCCUAAACCUCACAAGGAAGUUCCCAUCUUACUGGGUGAGUGGUGGAAUGCUAAUGUUGUCGAUGUUGAGAACCAGGCCCUCGCCACUGGUGGAGGUCCUAAUAAUUCCGAUGCUUUCACAAUUAACGGAAGGCCCGGAGACCUCUAUCCAUGCUCUAAAAAUCGAACAUACAAGCUCGAAGUCCAACAAGGAAAGACCUAUCUAUUGCGUAUAAUCAACGCUGCACUCAAUAACCAGCUCUUCUUCAAGAUAGCUAAUCACAAUCUGACAGUGGUGGCCGUCGACGCUGGCUACACAACACCAAAGGUCACUGAUGUUGUGGUCAUUGCCCCCGGCCAGACCACCGAUGUCCUCCUCAAGGCCAACCAACCAGUGGGCUCUUAUUACAUGGCGGCUCAUGCUUAUGCCAGUGCGCCACUCUCCUUUGACAACACCACCACCACAGGCAUCAUCGAAUAUGAAGGCUCAAACACAGCAACUCCGAUCAUGCCUGUCCUUCCAGCUUUCAAUGACACGCCGACUGCUCACAGAUUCUACAGUAACUUAACCAGUUUAGAAGGAUGCCCCCACUGGGUGCCCGUGCCACGUCAUGUGGACGAGCAUAUGUUUGUUACCGUCGGAUUGUCGCUUGAACCUUGUGGAACAAACGCCACUUGUCAAGGUCAAAACGGUCAACGAUUCUCUGCCAGUAUGAACAAUCAAUCGUUCCAGCUCCCAACAAGUUUGUCAAUGUUGCAAGCCUUCUUUUACAAUGUGAACGGAGUGUACACCACUGAUUUCCCCAACAAGCCACCUGUUACGUUUGACUUCACAAACAGCAGCUUCAACAAUGCCACGUCACUACUGUUUGCACCCAAGGUAACAAAGGUCAAGAAAAUCAAGUUCAAUUCGACGGUGGAGAUGGUCUUCCAAAACACGGCUUUAAUCACAACCGAGAAUCAUCCCAUGCACCUUCAUGGUUUCGACUUUUACGUAUUGGCCCAAGGGUUUGGAAACUAUAACAAAACGAGAGAUAGUAAAAAAUACAAUCUCGUCAACCCACAAAGGCGUAACACCAUAGCCGUGCCAGUUGGAGGCUGGGCUGUCAUCAGAUUCACCGCAAAUAAUCCAGGUGUUUGGUUCAUGCACUGCCAUUUGGACGUUCACUUGCCGUGGGGUUUGGCCACAGCUUUUGUAGUUGAAAAUGGACCGACUCCGUCGACUAGGUUGCCUCCACCGCCGGCGGAUCUACCCCAGUGUUAGUUGUAUUAUUGUUUCACAUACAAAACAAUAUGAGGCUCCGAUUGUUUUCUCAAAUCAUUACUUUUGUUGAUUGUUUAUUUUGUAUUUGUCUAGUUUUCAAUUCAUAAUUUGUUUCAGUUCGGAAGAUUUUCGAUGUAAUAAUUUAGUCCUCCAUUCUUGUCAACUGUGAUGUAUCAAGUCCAUUUUUUUAUAUAUAUUUCAAUGUAAUAAUAUUGUUUUCUUAA